AGCGCGGCAGAGUAGAGUGCAUAUGCAACGAAAAUAAAUGUGACUUUUCGCUUUUUCUCGCCGACUGACUGCCUACAUUGCAAAUUGCGAGCGCGUCGUGCAAACUCUGCUAUUUAUUUAUUGUACUACGAAUUGCCUAGUUUUUCGGUCUUUUUUCCCCCUACAAAUUUUACUGGGCGUGUGGCGAUGUAAAAAUGACGCAAUAUUUUGCAGUAAAAAUAAAGUAAAAUCUUCCGAGCGAAGGAGUUCUAAGUGAGAAACGCUUGGAAAAAAAAACACAGAAAAAAUUAUAAAAAUCACUAUUCUAGUGAAAUUUGCAAAUAAACAAUGUGUACAAGCUGAUCUGCCUAGUAACUUCAAAGGUGCUUAAGUGUAUUACUAACAGUGCAAUUAGAGACAAUCAACUAGUUAACAUUCAUUUGCAAGUGUAAAUACAGUGUAAAAACGUGUAAAAAAGAAGAAAAUUUUCGAAGUAACUCAGAAAAUAUGCUAAAAUUAGAAAAAUCUGUACCCCGUCAAAUUGUUGCCAAAUUUGAAAAUUUAAAAUUUGUAUAGACUUGCGCAUACAUACAUACAUACAUAUGUACAUAGCGACGUGUAUGUAUGUAUAAUUAUAUUGCUCUUUCUGCGAAAACGUGCAUUUAUUUUUACUAAUAUACGAAAAUAAAUUCAUUCAACUCUUUGCGUCUGACCUGUCAUAAAAUGACUGAGAAACGUGCAUCUGUUUUGCUUGAAACGCAGCAUAAAAAGAAAAAGAAGCGAGGAAAUUGGUUCACGAAAUGCUUUCAUGCUGCCUACUACUAUUUAGACGAUCCACCACAUCAUCCAAAUUUGCCACAAGUCGACUGGGAAGCACCCGUCGAAGUAGCUGGCGAAAUACGCGCCGCCGUACCAGUCAAUGAGUUUGCCAAACAUGUUGCCUCCCUGCAUGCUGAUGGCGAUAUUGGUUUCAGUCGCGAGUAUGAAGCUAUUCAAAAUGAAUCAAUCGAUGAUUUACCCUGCGAACAUUCCCAACACCCAGAGAAUAAGCGCAAAAAUCGCUAUCUCAAUAUCACAGCCUAUGAUCACAGCCGCGUACAUUUGCAUCCCACACCGGGACAAAAGAAGAACCUCGACUACAUUAAUGCCAAUUUCAUUGAUGGCUAUCAGAAAUCGCGCGCCUUCGUCGGCACGCAAGGUCCACUGCCAGACACCUUCGAUUGCUUCUGGCGCAUGAUUUGGGAGCAGCGUGUGUCUAUAAUUGUGAUGAUUACGAAUUUGGUGGAACGCGGUCGACGGAAAUGCGAUAUGUAUUGGCCAAAAGAUGGCGUCGAAACGUAUGGGGUAAUACAAGUGAAAAUGGUCGAUGAGGAGGUAAUGUCCACCUACACAGUGCGCACACUGCAAAUCAAGCACUUGAAGGUAAAACAGCUAAAGAAAAAGAAGCAGUGUCAGACUGAGAAGAUUGUAUAUCAAUAUCACUACACCAAUUGGCCGGAUCAUGGUACACCCGAUCAUCCUCUGCCGGUGUUGGACUUUGUGAAGAAGUCCUCAGCAGCUAAUCCCGAUGAUGCGGGCCCCAUUGUGGUGCACUGCAGCGCCGGCGUUGGACGCACAGGCACCUAUAUCGUGCUAGAUGCCAUGCUCAAGCAGAUCCAACAGAAAUUGGUCGUCAACGUAUUCGGUUUCCUACGACACAUACGCAUUCAGCGUAAUUUCCUCGUACAGACCGAGGAGCAGUACAUUUUCAUACACGACGCAUUGGUCGAAGCGAUCGCCUCGGGCGAAACGAAUUUGCGCACCGAACAAAUUGAGGAACUGAAGAACUGCACACCCUAUCUGGAGCAGCAGUACAAGAAUAUUAUACAAUUCCAAACGAAAGACAUACAUAUUGCAUCUGCAAUGAAGCAGGUGAAUUCGGUGAAGAAUCGUGGUGCCAUAUUUCCGAUUGAGAGUAGUCGCGUACACUUGACACCCAAGCCGGGUGAGGAGGGUAGCGACUACAUAAAUGCGUCGUGGUUGCAUGGCUUUCGACGAUUGCGGGACUUUAUUGUCACCCAGCAUCCGAUGUCGCACACCGUGAAAGACUUCUGGCAAAUGGUUUGGGACCAUAAUGCGCAGACCAUUGUGCUGCUGUCGUCGCUGGACGAAAUUAAUUUCGCACAAUUUUGGCCAGAUGACUCGACACCCAUCGAAAGCGAUUACUAUCGCGUCAAAUUCCUACGUAAAACGAACAAAAGCGAUUAUGUUAGUCGUGAUUUUGUCAUUCAAUCGAUACAGGACGAUUACGAGCUAAAUGUGAAAAUGCUACAUUGUCCCAGUUGGCCUGAGAUGUCCAAUCCAAAGAGUAUUUACGAUUUUAUUGUCGACGUGCACGAGCGGUGCGCUGAUUAUCGCAAUGGACCGAUUGUCGUUGUGGAUAGAUACGGCGGUGCCCAAGCAUGCACCUUCUGUGCCAUAUCGUCAUUGGCGAUGGAAAUGGAGUACUGCAACACGGCGAGCAUCUAUCAGUACGCCAAGCUGUAUCACAAUAAACGUCCGGGCGUCUGGACCUCCAGCGAAGAUAUACGUCUGAUCUAUAAUAUACUCUCGUUUUUGCCGCGCAACCUGCAGCUACUCGAACGCACAGCGUUGCGCACCGAAUUCGAGGAUGUGACAACGGCCACACCGGAUCUCUACAGUAAAAUCUGUAGCAAUGGUAAUAUAAAUGCGCAGCAAAAUUGUAAUAAUUUAGUAAACCACAAUAAUAGUAGUAGCGUAAAUAGUAAUAGUAUUAGUAGUACAAAUGUGGCAAAUGUAAGUGCAAAUUCAAAUGCAAACGCUUGUAACAAUACCAACAACACCACAAACAAUAUGAAUACAAAUAAUACAACAACGACAGCUACUGCUACUUUUGCGAAAACAACAACCACAACAACAACAACGACACCACCAACGAUGACACCCAAUUCGAGUGCAAACAAUUUACAAUAUCAACCACAGUUAUCGCUAGAACAACAACAACAACAACAACAACAACAACAACAAUAUGUUUCACAACAAUCACCGUCACAGUCGCUCACAACAGCCCAGUCAGCGCCACCACCACCGCCAUCAAUUCGUUACACACCACCACCACCACCACCACCAUUAAACUCACAGACAACAACACCGACAACACCAUCACCAACGUCACCAACGUCACCUCAGCUAUCAUCAGCCAUAUUUGCAUCGCCAAAUCAAACAACAGCAACGCUCGAUUUGACCACAAUGACGACAAGCACCAACAACACUAACAAUUGUAAUGCUAAUCGAAUUGGUAAUGCUAAUCAAAUUGGAAAUUUCGCUAAUGCUAAUACUACUACUAAUGCUACCAACACUACUGCUACUACCACCACAAAUACCUCAAACAAUCACACUUCUGCAAUACCUCAUUCCACAUCCAACAUCCACAUGAACUCCAAUCCAAUUAACAACUAUGAACCAACACCACCACCACCACCACUACCACCACCAACCACAACAACAACAACUACACCCAAUUCCAUUUCUGCUAUUUCCACUAAUGGUGAACGGUUUUCUAUUGUAAAUAAUAUGCACCUUCACAACCAACCACAACAACAACAACAACUACAACAACAAUCGCAACUGUCGUCUUUAACUGACGCUAUGGCCGAUCUUUAUGUUUGUGGCGCGAAUGGCAUUAAUUGCUACCAAACACCGCCACCACCACCACCGCCCGCCUUCGAAAAUGAUGCCACUACGGUUGAAUCGCACCUACGCCACCACCAUCAACUCAUGGAUCCGAUUAAUUCCAAUGCUGGCGGCAUUUCGCCCAUCUCUGUCAUCGGCCUGGAUGAUGCGAUUGAUGGCCUGACACCACUACUACCCCCGCCACCGCCACAAUUUCCCGACUCCUAUGCGAAUAAUACUUGCAACAUGGCCGAUGUGACCGCUGCCACACCAUUAACCAAAUCCUCCUCCAAUAAUUCUUUGUCGCCGGCAACCACCACUGCUAACUACAAUGGUAAUGGUAAUGCCAAUAAUAAUGUGCAUGGAAAUGGUAACGGUUUAUUAAAUGCCAAUACUAAUACGAUACCAAUGACAACAACAACAUUAACAACCACUAAAGCAGCGACUGUUACAGAUGCUCAAAGUCUAGAUAUCGUAGGUUAGAAUUAAAAAUUUAAAUUUAAAUAAAAAAAAUAAAAACAAAAUAUAUAUAUAAAUAUUUGAUAGCUGUAGCUAAGUACAUAGUUGUGUAAGUAAAAAGUGAAAUUUAUAAACAUAAAUAGACUAACAAAUUAUUUUUAUCAUAUACAUAUGUACGUACACAACACAAAACAGGAAGAGCAAACAGGAAGAGCACACUUUUUUUAAAG